AUGGCGACUCUGGCAGAUGAACUGCUUAAUGACUUUGAGGAUUCCGGCGACGAAAACAACGAUCAGGCAAAUGGCUUUCAGGAUGGAAACGAAGCGAACCAUACAAACGGCCUGGAAUUCGCGACGGAUCACCCAGAGCGAGGUGGGGAUGAGGAAGAGCUAGAAGAUGCUGAAGAAGAGGUCGCCAUUCGGGAGGCAGCCACCACAGCUGCUGAGGAUGUCGACGAAGAUGAAGAAGAUACCAAGGCCAAGGUUGAAAAGAUGCGACUGGGAGGCGUCCGCGACGUCAGAAGCGUAGCCGGUCUAAUGAAGACUCUAGAACCCGUGCUCGAGAAAAUAGCACACUAUCAGAAUAUCCCGCCUGAUCAGCGGACGACGACGGUUGGCUCCGUCGAAGAUAACCCCGAAUAUGCCCUCUUGACUCAGGCAAACUCCCUGUCCACGCAGAUCGACAGCGAAAUCAUUCUAGUCCACAAGUUCAUUCGCGAUCAUUACUCUGCACGUUUCCCGGAAUUAGAGACCCUCGUGGCCAAUCCGAUAGAUUAUGCCAAAACAGUCGCGAUCGUCAGAAAUGGCCCGGUGGGAAACAUCAAAAGUUUAGCCGACUCUAGUGACAACAUUGUCGGGGCUCCUCUGCGAUCUAUUUUGGAUGGGCCGACGUUGAUGGUCGUUACGGUGGAAGGAACAACGACGAAAGGUCAAGACCUGAGCGAACAAGAACUUGAAACAACCCUCCGGGCAUGUGAAAUGGUGCUGCGGCUGGACAAAGCCAAGAAGACCUUGACCGAAUAUGUGCAGUCGAGAAUGAACGUCUUCGCUCCGAACCUCACUGUGCUUAUUGGUUCACUGACCGCCGCCCAAUUGCUCAACUUUGCUGGCGGGCUCAAGAACCUCGCAAAGACACCCGAUCGGAAUGUCCCCGCAAUGGGUUCAAAGAGGCAGAGGCAGAGUGGCUUAGCCACUAACGUGGGAGUUCGACAGCAAGGGUACCUCUACCAUUCCCCUCUUAUACAAGAAGUCCCAAACGACCUGAAAGUGCAGGCAAUGCGCAUCGUUUCUGGGAAGCUGAUCCUUGCUGCUCGAGUCGACAGCGUGCAUCAAGCUCGCGACGGCUCAACUGGAGAACACCUCCUCAACGAAUGCCUGCGGCGGCUCGACAAGUUAAUGGAACCUCCCCCGAACAGAGGCGUCAGGGCUCUGCCCGCACCUGAUGACAAACCCAGCAGAAAACGCGGAGGACGAAGAGCCCGUAAGAUGAAGGAGGCAUACGCCAUGACCGAACUCAGAAAGCAACAGAACCGUAUGGCGUUUGGUAAGGAAGAAAGGGAAGUCGGCUACGGAACGGGAGAGGAAACAGUGGGACUGGGGAUGAUCGGGGCUCAAAACGAGGGCAGAAUACGAGCCACACAGGUCGAUCGUCGAACCAUGGCGAAGUUGAGCAAGAAGAAUCCCGGCUGGGGUGGUUCUGGUACGGCAACAAGUUUGAACAACGGCGCAACUACAUCUCUUCGAGGAUUUGGAGCUGUUGGAGGAAACGCCACUGCGCUGCGGACUGAAGGUCUUCGUACCAGUGGCGUUGGGGCCGGCACUGCAAGUUCGAUCGCAUUCACACCCGUCCAAGGUCUUGAGCUGGUCGAUCCAAAGGUGCAGGCCGAGCUGAAGCGGAAGCGAGAAGCCGAAAGUGCCGGCUACUUUUCAAGCGGCACGUUUACUCAAGUCAAUUCCACCGCGACAAACGGAGGAUUCAAGGUGCCUGGAUUGCCUUCGGCGAAGAAGACCAAUAUGGGCCCUCCCCCAGCGCCUGUUAAGUGA